AUGAAAAAAAUUUACGUUGGCCCAAAACACAAGCGGCAACACAUCUCCGACGCCGUUCGAACAGCACCACCAAACAGUUAUAUUUUUAUUGAACCCGGGAGGUAUGAGGAAUCGGAGCCGAUUGUGAUAGACAAGUCGAUUAUAUUAGUUGGACUCGUGGAAGAAGGCGGGUCGAAUAUAUUUGUGAAAACGGAGUCAUCUGCGUGUGUCUUGGUCUCCGCGCCAGAACGUGUAGUUAUUCAAAACAUCGACUUUACCACUUCCGCGACAGCGAAACCCGUAAUUGACGUUCAACAAGGCGAGUUGAUAAUGGAACAGUGUGGGAUCUGUUGUGGAGAGGAAGGUGUCACACUCUUUCCAAGGAAUGUCAGUCUGACUAUGAUCAAAUGCACUGUCACACAAUGUUUGAAAGUCGGUGUAGUCUGUGCAGGGGAUGAAACAACGGUGUUAAUCGAUAAAACAACCUUCCGCGAAUGCCAGACUGGUAUUAACAUAACACAAGGGUCGAAUCCUUUAAUCACUGAAUGUCUCAUAUCACAAUGUGGAACUGGGAUUUACGUCACAGAGAAUGGUCGUGGCUGUAUUGUCGACUGUUCGAUAUCACAGAAUAAGAAGCCUGGGAUAUUAACGCACACCAAAGGGAAUCCCGUCGUCAUCAACACAAAAAUCGUUGACGGAACUUCCAAUGGACUAUUUGUGAAGAACAAGGGCAAAGGUGUGUUACUUGAUUGUGAAAUAUCGAAGAACUAUCUGCCUGGGAUAGCGUCUUGUGAGGACGGAUCUCCUUGUGUUGUCCACACGUCGAUUAAAGAAGGAAAAAACGCCGGUGUUUUUGUGUACGAGAAUGGUGGGGGACUGUUUGCGUCAUGUUCGAUGAAAGAGAACACCAUGCCCGGGAUCGAAGUCCGAGGAGGCGGGAAUCCAAUUGUAGUCGACUCUGAUGUCUCUCGUGGGCAAUCGAAUGGGAUCUAUUUGCACAACAGAGCAGAUGGUAUUUUUGUGAGGACGUCAGUCACUGAGAAUGCGCUUCCUGGGAUGGCUAUACGUACUGGAGCGAAUCCACUUGUCUACGACUGUAAUUUAGUCGCGGGUAAAGACUUUGCACUUUUUGUGAGUGACAAAGGAGAAGGGUUAGUGGUGAAUUCGACGAUCGAAGGGUGUAGUGCUCAGCCUGUGGAGAUCCAAGAUGGGAAUUGUGUGAUCCAAGGUGGGAACAUAAUUGAUGGGAAGAAAAACAAUGUCGAGCAAUGGUUAGAAAAGAUUCCUGAAGGGCUUGGAUUGCUUGAAGAAGAUGUUCCUGACUUCUCGUUGCUUGUGUAA